AUGGUACCACGGAAGAGCACUUCUGGGAAAAGCUUCUUCAAGUGGAGGAGUCGCUCGACAAAGUCCGCUAGUGAAUCAGACGUUCGAGGUCAUUCAUUCGCAUCUCCUUUAACAUCCCUUUCAGCGCCACUCAACUUCCAAGGGUUCGAAACAACACAGCCAAGACCACCUUCCAGUCCCUUUGUGUCGGAAUCGGCGCACGUUCUCUCUCUGCAGCAUCCUUCCGUCACGCGCUUCUCAGAUCAAUUUCCAGAUUCCAGUGACAUAUCCCCCAGCCUGAACAGCACAGACUCGAUCUCCCCGAUGAACAAUUCUGGGAUAAACGGGCAGACGAAUACUCCUCCCUCUUCGCCGUCGAGUUCCGUGGGACUUUACGUCAGAGCAAAGAAGAGUCUCGAAUCAAAGCUGAAAUUUAAGACUCGCAAAGAGGAGCCGAUGUGUUCAGCUAUCCCACAACAUGUCCAUCAAUGUGCGGCAAUAGAUGGCGCAAGAAACUAUUCCAGCACGCUCCAAAUCACUAAAACAGGUUCCUGGUUCAAAGACGACGCAGCGAAGCCCAAGCUUCGAAGAAGGCUCUUUAGCAGGGCACCAUGGGCUCGCAAGGAAUCAGCAGAUUCUUUCAGCAGCGUUACCAGCUCUGUGAGGGAGAUACUCAAAGGUGAGACUCCUCCUCCCUCGGCAGCCUCAAGCUAUACUUCUUUGCAUGUCAACUGUGUUAAUGGCCAGUUUCCGGGAGGGGAGGCAAGACGAAUAAAGACACCGCCUCUGGCCGAAGACACUGCGAACGGUCGGCCACGUUCAUUCUUCACUGAAACGGUUCCUCCCACAGAAGACAAUGAAACGGAGUCUCCAUCGAGAAGGAAUUCUGUCCAAACAGUUCGUCGCCAGAGCAUUGUUGCUGACACUUACGAGUGGUGGGAAAAGAUGCCCAAAAAGCCCGUUCGCAGGAGUCCUUUUCAAGACCGACCUCCUUUUGAAUUUCAGCUGCCGGAACAUCUUCCCAGUAGCCCAAUGUGCCCGACCAACGAAAAACAUGUCAGUGGUGGGACUGGCGUCUGUGUCUACCAUGGGCGCAGGAAGGGUGCAUCACGAAUAGCGCCAGUGUGA